AUGCAAACUUUAGAUCUCCAAAACGAAUCUCUAAAUAUCACGUCGAUUUCAAAUAAUUUGUUCUCUAUCCAACAGAUUAUUUUAUCAUUUGAAACCAAUUCUUUCUCCUCAGAGGAAUUAUCUAGCGAUAAGAUCCUCUUUAUCAUGCCAUCUUAUAAAUUAGAGCAAGCGUUAAUUGAUAUUAAUCUGGAUCGAGCAUGCACUGCUCAAGCUUCGCUUGAUAAGUUGGUUGAUCCUUUUGGAAUAUCUGUCAGUUUUAUGAGAAUCGGAUUAUUUAGCCACAAAUUCUUGGGAUCAAUGAACUCCUAUAAUUAUGAUUUUAUGAUUUUGUUUUUGCAUCAUUUUGCAAUUGAGAACUCUAUUGAUUUAAUUAUAUCCACCGAGCUUGCCGAUUAUUUGUCUGCGAAUCCCGAUUAUUUAUCCACGAUGUGUCAAAGCGAAGAUGUCAAUGUAUCUUACAAGCUAAAUGAAUGUGGGAUCUCGACUGCUGUUCCAGGAAGACAACUAAAAAUUACUACCACUUAUACAACUGAUUUAUUGCAUCAAAUAUUGAGAAUUAGGAAUUUGGAUGCUGGACACUUCUUAUUUUCUUCAAAAAAAAAGAAACUCCCUUACAACACAUUGCCAGAUCUUGAAUACUACACUCCUUUGGAAACAAUGGUGGAUAAAUUACCCCAAGAAGGUAUUAUUAACACCGAAACCUCAAAGAACUUGCCUGAUUAUGCUAGAAAAACUGAGUCCAAACAAUGCUUUAAGAUACUUGAGCUCCCAAAGAAACAAAUUACUUAUCUAAUUGGAAAAAAAGGAGCUCGGAUAACUGAGUUACGACACAAGUCACAAUGCGAUAUUAAGAUCAUUGCAACAGACGAGGAUAAGGAAAACCAAAAUCCCAUUGUAACGAAUGGUAAAGGCGAGAUCAUACAAUAUAUUAGACUUGUUGCCAAAGAUGAGCAGACCUUGGAAAAAUGUCUUGAGAUGAUUGCCAGUGAAUUGUUGAUAUAUAGAUGCAGACAUGGUUUAUGA